CCCUCUAAAUCUUCCAUACGAAAAAAUGGAGAUGAGAGUGAUUAUCGAAAUUGAUCCGUUCGAUGGAUGUGAGGGUUGCAAGGGCAAGGUCGAAGGGAGGAUCCGUAAAAUGAAACGGAGGCUUGGUAGCGUUGGCGAGAUCGAGUUGUUAGCAUGGGGUGAUGAGAAGGAGAAAUUGACUGUUUUAACGACUAUAAAUCCAGACGCGAUCGUAGCUGCUCUUAUGUGCAAAUUCAGAACCAAAAAAAUCACUUGGUCGCAAGAUGUCACCCUUCCAGUUCCAGACCCACACCCACAAAACCAAAAUAAUAACCUCACCGGACAACCGGGGCCACCGACUACUCCUCUCCGACCACAUGGUCAAUUCCCGUCACUUCCGUCACCAAUAAGGCCAACAGCCCCACCACUCCCCGACUUCACAUAUGAAACACAUUAUUAUCCGUGGCCUAUGCCUCUGCAACCAAUAUGGCCAACAGCCCCACCAUUCCCCACGGACCCCACGUAUGGACUAAGUGAUCCGUUGCUCUGGCCCCCGCCACAACCAAUGCCAACAGCCCCAUCAUUCUAUGACUGGGCUCGUAACCCGUUUCGUUAG